AUGGACGUUAUGGAGCUGGUGGAGAACGAGCCCAAUGCCCGUCCUUUCCAGUGUGACUGGCAGGUGUGCAACAAGAGCUUCAACCGGAAGUCUGAUCUACAGAGACAUUACCGAAUCCAUACGAAUGAGAGGCCAUAUUCGUGUAUGACACCUGGAUGUGGAAAGAGCUUCAUUCAAAGAAGUGCUCUCACUGUCCAUAUUCGCACUCAUACGGGCGAAAAACCGCAUCAAUGCCAGCACAUUGGAUGUGGGAAACGGUUCUCUGAUUCUUCAAGUCUUGCACGCCAUCGUCGCAUCCACACAGGGAAGCGUCCUUACAGGUGUGCUCACGAAGGUUGCUUAAAGAGCUUUUGCCGGAAGACAACUAUGGUCAAGCAUCAACGGCGGUCGCAUCAACGAGGCAUUCAUUCAUCGGAGCUGGACGAUGGCGAGAGUUCCGAAUCUGACAGUGGGGAUUCCCCCUCUACCCCUCAGCACUCAGGUCCAAUGCAUUGGCCACAGAGCGUUGCAGCACCAAGCCAGUCUGUUGUGCCGCAGGCUCAUCACAUGCUCCGAGCCCACUCAAUGGCGGAAUAUGGAAAUCACCACCAGAUUGAUGGAUAUCCAAUGCAACAACAAUAUAGCCACCGACACAGCCUUUCUGGCGGUGCUGCUCAGCAGAGUUUCAAUGCUCCAAUUCCGGAGCAACAAAGACACUCCAAUCCCAUGAACCACAGGGCGCCAAGUCUCCCUGCCCACUCUUCAUACUAUGUGCCAGAACAGAACAAUCCUGGUGUUGCAACUUUGAACACAAAUCCGCCUCCGAUACAAACGUAUCAAAUUCCCCGGCAUCAAAUGGAAGGCCCAGUGCAUGAGAUGAUCCAAAGUAGCCCGAGCAGCUACUCGUCUGCUUCCAGAGCAAGUCCUGUGUCUCAGGAUCCUUAUUGCACGCACAAUCCAGUACAAACAGCGACGUAUUCUUUGAACAAUGCUUCCCCCACCGAGCCUCAGCAAUCUCUCAUCCAAUACCACCAGGUCCAGCAGCACUUGCGUCAGCAGCAACCCCAGCCAAUGCCUAACCAUGGUACUCAUCCACCUCAAGUACAAGAGCAGUACCAGCCUGCCACCCCACAAGAAGGUCAAUGGUAUGAGAAUGUUGCUUACCAACCGCCAGUCGAAGUGAUCAGCCAGAUUCAACAUUUCUCUCAGGGGCAUGUGUUCCAAAAUCCUUGGAUGCAAAAAAUUGAAGCCUACGACGACCCUUCUCUACAAAUGCCAAGUGCCCGACUGGAGAGCUUAUAA